CGUAUUUUAUUCCGGACUCAGACUACCAUGAUGCCUUUCUCCGCUCUUCUGGCGCACGCGCAGUAACUCCGGAUCAGGAUUCAGAUCUCGACUGUCACAGAAGGUCCCUGAUUCUGCUCUUCUUCGUUAAUAUUUCUCAAUACUCUCGUUUUUGCUUCCUAUUGAAAAUGUCGACGGGAGGGGUGGUUUCGGCAGGUGUCUUGCCUUCAUAGAAAAAAGUGUGUGCAUAUUACAGAUGCAGAAUGCGGUGGUUUCUUAGCUCAACGCUCCACCUGCUGCGGUGUGUACGGUUAAGGUCAUGUACCAGGAGAGGAGGAAGGAACACAUUGCCUUUGUGGAUUAGGGCAAUAUGGGCUUACUUGAGACUGCUGGUGCAGUCAUUGUACUUCAGCUCUCUUACAGACUCAGAUGUGGUUUUCGACUCAGUCUUUGAACCAGUGUUUUGGACUGUGGAUUAUGUCACACGCUGGUUCGGCACGAUGUUUGUAUGUCUGGUGGUGGUGCUGACAAGCUCCAUUUUGGUAAUAGUGUAUCUGAUCCUACUGCCUAUGAUCAUGAGCACAUACUCUCCUCUAUGGGUUGCUUGGCACCUUUGUUAUGGACACUGGAACCUCGUCAUGAUUGUUUUCCAUUACUACAAGGCCACCAAGACUGCCCCUGGGUACCCCCCUACAGAAAAAAAUGACAGUCCGUUUGUGUCAGUCUGCAAAAAAUGCAUCAUUCCCAAACCAGCAAGAACACACCACUGUGGUAUCUGUAACAGGUGCAUUCUGAAAAUGGACCAUCAUUGUCCCUGGCUGAAUAACUGCGUUGGCCAUUUAAACCACCGUUAUUUCUUCUCCUUCUGCCUCUCGCUGGCCUUGGGCUGUAUCUACUGUAGCAUCAGUGGACGAAACCUGUUCCUAGAUGCUUACAAUGCUCUUGAGCGCUUCAAGCAUCUGGAUGUGGAAAAGUCAGGGGUACCAGUAACCGGGAUGGGAAUUCUUAUAGGGCUUCUCCCCCCUGGUCAGACCAACUAUCAGACAGCUGCACCUUCGUACACCUUUAAGGAAAAGAUGAUUCAUAAGAGCAUCAUCUACAUGUGGGUGCUUACCAGCACUGUGGGAGUGACCCUGGGAGCUCUGACCAUGUGGCACGCAGUCCUCAUAUCCAGAGGAGAGACCAGCAUCGAAAGACACACUAACAGCAAAGAAACAAAGCGAAUGGCAAAACGAGGACGGAUAUACAGAAACCCUUUUAACUAUGGCAGGCUGAAUAACUGGAAGGUCUUCUUAGGCGUGGGGAAGACAAGUCACUGGUUGACGCGUGUUCUCCUUCCCUCUGGACACACCCCACCUGGUGAUGGCUUGACAUGGGACGUCUUCCCAGUUAAAAAGGAUUUAAUACCAGUAUGACAGACUUGACUUAGGCAUACUUGUAGCCUCAUAUCAGCAGUCUUUGCUGUGUCCAACUCACUCUGGUCAUUUGAUCUAGUUGGCGGUUAGGAUCCCUGCAUGGUGGCUCCAUACAGCUGAAGAAAUCUGGACAUAUCAGCCUCCAAUACCUCAAUAACUUGCAGUGGCAUUGCUCAUGGUUCGGUCUAUAUCUUUCACCAGUGAAAAGGCAAUGUGUCAUGGACGGUUUGUUCUUUACUGGGUUUUACCUAGUCUUACUAACAGGUCUUAGUUGACUCUAAGCAUUGUUAAAACUGCAGUACCAUGAUGAUGUGUUAUCUAUCUGUCUUUUUUACCUGUUAAGUUAAUAAAACUUUAUAAAUUGCUUUGUUUAAACAA